UACAAGUCAAAGACAUUUACAGGAGUGGGCAUACAAUUCAGAGAUUUGCAAUUUCGUAACGAUACUGAAACCGCCAUCUUGCAGUCUCUACAGAACAACACUGUUAUCGUGACAUACAGUGGAGAGCGACAGAACACACCUAGAGACACCAUUCAAGUCGCAUUCCAUCCAGUAGAGGCAGACAAGUUUGUGCUGGAGGUAGCUGUUGCAGCAGUUGACGGUUUGCUGUGUUACGAUAUAAAAGGACCAGAAGCUUACGAGUUUGAAAAUAACGAACUGAAGAGGUUAACAAUAAAAGAGUGGUAUGAAGGGUUGUGUAUCCAAUACGAGACUGACGCCCAGGCUGAAAGCAGAUAUGGCACUACCUGAAAAAGACAGCAACCCUCGUUUAGAUGAGAACCUGACACACCGUCCUGUUGGGAGGGUGGACAUAAGGAGUCUGUAUCAGCGGAGGCCUCCCUGCAUGCAGAUAGAGAGGAGUCUGGAGGAUAUAGAGGCCACAGUUUUACAUGGAGGACUAGAAACAAUCAAGACAUUUCCCAUGGAUUUCUCAGCAGGAGAGGCAUAUGUUAAUUUGAAGACGAGGCUGAAUAAGAUCUCAACAAUGGAGAAUGUUGGUCUGGCAUACAUCGCUAAAUCUCUCCCUGCUACUGCUAAUAUGGACAUUAAGUACAGGACUCCCGGAGAUGUUAUUUUGGACAUAUGUCUUAUCAGACAGGGCAGUCCUGCAGUUGUUCUUUCUGUUCUGACAGACAUGCCUGUGGAUAUGAAACUUGCUCAACGAUACACCUCUGCUGUCUCUAAAGAACUUACAAAGAAUGUUCGCAGGUUUACGACUGUGACCUUCAACUCUAUAUACGGGUUACUUCAUGAGAAGGACCUCACGUCACAAGAAUCAUUUGAAUCAUCUCUAUCAAGGAUAGAGAAGGAAAGGUCUCGCCUCUGUGUUCCUGAUUCUUUGAGCAUGAACAGGGAAAAGUAUAAACAUGUUGUCCGCGCUUUCCUCUCUUCUGUAGCAGUAACAACGCUUGUUAGUGACGAAAAGGAAGAAACUCUAUGGUUUUUGACACUCAAACAGUUCUGUAUCCUGACACAGAACAUUGAUCACACUGAAGUGCAUGUAGAUACCUGCACGGCAAGCGGUGGUGGAGUCCUGUCUCUCACAGUUGCUCAACGUCUACAGAAACUUGGACGGACAUUGCUAAUAUCAGAUGACCCCAAACUAGUCGAGCGUGCAAGAAAGCAGAAUAUUGAUUCCAAGACAUUCAAUGACAUCCUGCAAAGUGACUUGAUGGCAGAGGAAGAAGAUCUCAUGAACGUUGUUAUGUACCGAGUUGGAGGACCACGCUCAUCUGAGACUCCACAGUUACACCAGCUUUUGUCGGGUGCACAUAGGCGCUGGGUUUUCCAUAGACAGAAAGGUAUUUGUGAUCAGCUUGAUUCAACAUUGUUAACCACACACCUCUAGGUAUGGUGACAAGAA